UCCACCCACUCUGAUCUCCGUCUCUUCGCGAAGCAUGCCUCCUAUUUCUCUCUCUCACUCCUUUUAACACAACCCUCCCCUCUUCCGGUGCCCGAUCCAAGCUGGUGCAUCUACAAGGACUCAGCGGUUGCGUCACCACUAUGCCACCCCUAUUUGAAACCCUAUAACACUAGUAGUACAUCUAUCAUGUCAGAACCUCAAAAAAAAAAUUUGAGUAAGCAAUAUAAAGCUGGACCAGAUUUGUUUGGAUUCUAUGCUUGUCAAAUAGCUGAUCUGUUGUCAGAAGAUGAAAAUGCCUUGUCCAUUUCCAAUGCAUCUGAGUUGUCUCAAGGGAAAUAUGGGGCGGUCAGUGGUAAAAACACUUUAGACUGCAGUUGUAAAGAUGCUGAUUCAAUUUUCCAAAACAGCAUUGUUGCUGGGAUUUCAGAUUUCAAGAAAGGAAGAUUGAAGGGAUUACUUAGGCAGAGCGUGAAUGAUCUCUCAAUGGAAGUUGAUGAGAUGUUAGAUCCUGUUGUGGCUAUGUCCAAGUUACGUUUUAAGCUCAAAAACAACAGCUUGGUGAAUUCAGCAUUAGAUGGUGAUUCAUCCCAGGUCAUCUUCCUGCUCAUCAACCAACAUUUCAGGAAAUUCUUAUCCUAUCAAAUCUGGAUCUUGCAAAGAGAAGGAAGAUGACUUGGAGUUCCUUCUAAAGAACGAUAACCAGCUGCUGGUAGAGGAAACAAUGA